GAGGGGGCUCCGGCGCGCGUCCCCCGCCGCCCGCGUGGUGCGUUCCGGGGCGGCCCCGGUGGGAGGGUGAGGGCGGUGGCGGUGGCGGCGGCGCAGUCUGCACCAUGGCGUACCCCGGGCACCCUGGCGCCGGCGGCGGGUACUACCCAGGCGGGUAUGGAGGGGCUCCCGGAGGGCCUGCGUUUCCCGGACAAACUCAGGAUCCGCUGUAUGGUUACUUUGCUGCUGUAGCAGGACAGGAUGGGCAGAUAGAUGCUGAUGAAUUGCAGAGAUGUCUGACACAGUCAGGCAUUGCUGGAGGAUACAAACCUUUUAACCUGGAGACUUGUCGGCUUAUGGUGUCAAUGCUGGAUAGAGAUAUGUCAGGCACAAUGGGUUUCAAUGAAUUUAAAGAACUCUGGGCCGUGCUGAACGGCUGGAGACAACACUUCACCAGUUUUGACAGUGACAGGAGUGGAACAGUGGACCCUCAAGAACUGCAGAAGGCCCUAACCACAAUGGGAUUUCGGUUGAGUCCCCAAGCUGUGAAUUCAAUUGCAAAACGAUACAGCACCAAUGGCAAGAUCACCUUUGAUGACUACAUCGCCUGCUGUGUGAAACUGCGAGCUCUGACAGACAGCUUCCGAAGACGGGAUACUGCUCAGCAAGGUGUUGUGAAUUUCCCAUAUGAUGAUUUUAUUCAGUGCGUCAUGAGUGUUUAAAUCAAGAGGAAGCUGCAUGAACAUAACCGACAUUCCGACUGGAGUCCUCUUUUGCCUUUGCCUUCAGUAACGUGUGUAACUUGCAUCACUGCUUUUCCUUAAGGGCCGUCAUAAACGUUUAUUACUUUAUGUACAACUGAAGUUUUUAGUAUUGAUAAUAAAUUCUUUGGAAUUUUACUAAUAC